AUGGCCCACGAAGAGUAUGCACGAGCCAUACGUUUGGAACAGUAUAGAAAUCGUCAAGAAGCCGCUAAAGGAUUUGAUGAUGACUUUGAAUUUUGUCCUUCAUUAUCGGCAGAGGAGCUUGCAGAAAUUCGUCGACAAGGAAAACCAGUAACACCUCCACAAUCUAAACGUCCUAUACCUAUCAUCGAUCCUAGUAAUAAAACACCUCUCAAUAUUACUCCUAUAAAAUCUGUUAUUUCUUCUGCUACAAGUAUAGGACAAGUUUCAAUGUCUUCAGCAUACUAUUCACGACCAGGAUCGCCAUAUUCUCAUGGUAGCAAUUAUUCUCCAAAAGUAACAAAAUCAAUACCGAUUAUCGAUCCUAGUAGUGGGAAUAUC